AAGGACGAUGGGGACGGCCCUGCAAAGUCCACGACUCAUCCCGAAAAGCUAUCUAAACAAAGGGGACAUUCCUCCUCCUAGCACCCUCCAGCCGAGCGGGUGUGGAGUUACACGCGGCCGGGAGAAGUCCGCAGGACAGCUGCGUCCGGCAGUCGUCUCGGGGUCUCCUCCGGUCCCCGGGGAGGAGUGGGGUCGGGCCCCGGGACAGGCCGGGUGGCAAGUGCUCCCCCAAAUCAGGGCGCAUCCCUCGGUCCCCGGCCGAGGCCGUCUGGGCGCCGGGAACGGAGCCGCAGCUGCUCUGGGCUCCGGAGUCCACCCCAUGGAGCGGCCCGGCGGCCACCCCGGAGGCUGGGGGUGGGGACAGGCCUAGGUCGCGGCUCCUCCAGCCCCUUCCGCCGCCCCUCCUCUCGUCUUCCUCGCCCUCUCUUCUCCGGCGGCCACGGGCUCGGCCUGUGCCCCUCGAGCGAAGCGGUGAACGAGCAGUCGGUGCGGCUCCUAGCGUCCCGGCUGGAGCGAGGUCGUGACGCGCGCUCAGCGGGGCCGGGAUUACAGCGCCCAGCCUCGCCCCGGGACCCGGGCAGGACACGCACCCAGAGGCGAGGCCUGCGGGCCGCGCUCUUGCCGGCCGGGACUCGGGGCUGAAGUCCGUCCCGGGACUCUGUAGCGGGCCCCGGACGGAGAGAGUGCAGAAGGGCCGCGCGUCUCCGAGGGAUGGAGGUGAUGGAGGCGGCGGCCAGGCCUGCGCGCAGCGGCAGUCAAGGGUCCAGGACAGGGAACAGAACAGCCAGCCCCAUGCAGGUAACCUCAGCUAUGGAGAGAAAUGGUCCUGAGCCACAGCCAGACAAUGGGCCCCUCUUGAGAUCCUGGAUCUGCCCCCAGGAAGACCGAACAUCUAGCCUGAUGGCCCCCAAGCCUCCCAGGGCAUGGGCGCUGCAGCUCCAAGGCUCUUCUGUUCUGGAGUCCAAAGUAAGGGCCUUGAAGGACAAGAUGACAGCAGGUAAACUAGGGACAAAGCCCUGUCCCACUUCUCAAGAGUGUUCAUCUUCCAAGAAUUCCAAAUGUCAUCAAAUCAAGCCUGGAGUAGUCCAGGGCUCUCCCCUGCCAGCUGCAUUGGUUGUCCCCCAGGCUCAGAACCUGACUGAUGGGCAGCUGGACAGCAGUGCCAAUGAGAAGGAAACUGCCAAGAAUGGUAGCUCCAGGCUACCCAGGCCUCCUGCCCCUGGGCUUGAGUGCUGGAAUGGGCAGAACCCAUGUUCUUCAGAAGCCACUUGGACAUUGCCUGACCAUGAAAAGGAUCCAUCAUCAGGAUCUGGCUCUUUGCAAGAGAACCCCAUCCACCAAGUUAGUGUGGGCCAGCCACAGGGGCCUGGUCCUUAUAAAGUAACCCACAUGCCCAGCCUGAAGAAAGAAAAGCCAUACCCAUGUCAAGAUGGUCUGGUCAUAGAGCGAGAUCUGGACAGUACAGCCCUGACUGCUAAGGAGGACUUAGUCCCCAAGACAGACCUGCUGGAGUGGCGCUGGAGAGCUGGUGAUUUGGGGUCUCUGGGCACGGAGAGCAAUGAUUUGUCCCUGUCUGACCGAGUAGAGAAGAACCGCUUACUGCUGCAGGAGAUGCUGAAGGUUUCAGGACAGAGUUCCCCCAAAGUGGGAAGCCCAGCUGAGACUCUGUCUUGGGACAGAGCUACACUAGAGCGACCGGCGGGGGACGUGGACUGGGACUCGGGCACCCCCCUGCAGGACUCAGGUCAGAGCAGGACCUUUCCUCCCAACCCGGAGCCUGUGCUGAGUACCAGGCACGAGGAAGCCAAGCAUCUGUUGAGGCAUUCUCGCAUGAAGGCUAGAACCCAGCCGCUCCGUGCCAGCCACGAUAUUGUGCCCACUAUUGCUCAGGGCAGCCGAAAUAGCCAAAGAAGCCCAGCCCUGAAUGUCAGGACCACCUCUGCCUAUAGAGACAGCUUCCAGAAUGGGAGCCUGAGUCACUCCUCCAGUAGAGAGUCCAGCAGUGUGCAAUGGCCCAAGAGGGGCACGCCCCUGUCCCAUGUCCGAUUUGAAGAUGAGUCUGCCCGAGAGGCUGAGUUCCGGUACCUGGAACGGCUGCAGCAGCGCCAGGUGCUGAGCACAGUGCUACAGGCUGUGGGCCAAGGUCCACUGCGCUCCAAGCCAGACCUCACCAACUACAUUAACCACGACACAGGGGACAGCACAUUCCACAUGCCCUUGAAUGGCCUGGACUGCAAUAGCUUCCUUGUACCACCUCCAGCAUGGGACAGCCAGAGGAAGUGUCAUGCCUGUGGCAGCCAUCCUGAGGAGUGUUGCCCUACUGAGGGGAAGGCAGUCCCUGACCUGAGGGUCCUCCAGGGUCUCCAGGCUACCUGUGGAGCAAAAGCAGUACUGCUGAAGCCUAGUGAUUCCCAUGGCCUGAGUUCCCCAUUUCUGCCCCUCCCUGCGGAACCAGGGCUCCAUACAGAAUGGAACCGGGAAAUACACAUCAGAGACACUACUUCCACUUUCCCUGAAAAGGGUGAUUCUGUCCUAGACAGCACCUAUAUCUCAGACAGCUGCGGGACAGACGGUGAGGAAGCCAGGACCUCUCAGCCUAGUAGGGCAGGGCAGCAGGGUUCCAGGCUUCAGAGAGGCCAUAGGUGGUCCAGGAAGGCUUCAAUGGAACUGCCCCAGGACCUUCAGGCCUGGCCUCUUCUGCCUGGGGUUGAUGGCGUGGUUGUGGAGGUGAAAGGAGCCAGAGGACACAUGCCCCAGGGGACUUGGUGUCUGAGGGAUGAUGCUGUCCCCAAGCCUUCUGCCUUGGAACCAGAGACGCCUUCCCUGGGGUCCCACAGGCAGUCUGGAUCAGGGUUAGGAAGUCACUGCACCUACCCUGAGAACUGCUGGGCUCCAUGCAGUACAGUUUAUGCCAUGUCUUCCAUGAAGCUUGGGUCCUCAGGAUCAGGCCGAGAACAAGUUACAGAAAACCAUGAGUCUCUGGAAAUCCUCUGCACUCCUUCUCUCCAACAGAGCUAUGCACAGCCCUCUGUACCCCACCCAGCCCUGCCGCCAACCUCAUUCCUCUCCCCUGAAGACUGGAUACCAACCCCUCCCUCUUCAAGGAAAUCCCCCUGCCCUAAGCCUCUGAGGAAGUCAGCCCCAACAGGACACCGCAGACAAGAGCAUCAGAUGGAGCCUAUGGGUGUCCCCCUGCCUCUGUCGCCUCCAAGAACUGUGGGUCUCACUUCAUCCCAGACCCAGCUCUGCCGCCCCCAAGUCAAGCAUCCACUGCUGGACCUGUCCAACAACUGCAACAACGGCAUUCCUCUGGAGCUGCAGGAGUCCUGGGGAGUAGCUGUACAAAAGGAUAGGGUGGAGAAGAACCUCUGUUGCCAGGAGCCUGGGCCAGCCCUAGAGAGCACCGGAGAUGGAACAGUCCAGGAUUCUCUCGGUUCAUCAGAUGUUGCCACUGUCAAUUCCACAGCCAUCACCCUCUCCCUCACCAUGGAGGAGCCUGAGUCCUGCCAAGAGCUGGCCAGAGGCCUACAGAGGAUAGAGUCCAGCUCUGGAGGCCACAUGCCCACUGGGUGUCACCCUCCCACCAGCAUCGGAAAGCGGCCUCCUUUCAGAACCUCCACUCUCUCCUCAGUGGCCAGCCAAGACCUCUUCCGGGCGUGCUCUCAGUGUGGAGGACGUGGGUGCCCCCAGCCUGGCUCGCACUGUGGGCCGUGUGGUGGAGGUGUUCCCCGAUGGCACGAGCCAGCUGCAACUGCAGCGACCCCUGGAAGGCACUUUUGGUUUCUGUGUGGCCUAUGGCAAUGGCCGACGAGACUCAGGUAUGCCCUCUCCAUCCAGAGCAAAGCCCGGCAGUGCCUAGGGCUGUGGUCAGGUUUGUUGUGGGCCUUGACUGAGCAGUGGAGCUCAGUGGUGAGUGCAGAAAAGCCUUCGCUACAGGACCAGGGUUCUUUCCUUUGCUCUUCCUGGUCUCAGGUCCCAGGAGCUCCUACCUGAAGUGACUGGGCCCUGGGCAACUCUGGGAGGUACAGGCUGCUGCAGGGGCAGAGUAGGCAGGUUUGACUCCACUGUUCCCCUGCUGUCCAGUGACAUUUCAAAACCAGAAUCCUGAAGGCCACUUUGCCAAAGAGAGGCAGGGGGAAAUUGUCUGUGCUUGUCUGUUCGGCUAUUCCUUUGAUGUGGUUGGUGUAUUUCAAUGGUUCCCUUCCUCCAGCUGCUGGUGUGUCUGGGCAUGUGGAGUGGGCCUGCCUGUCUGCGUCCAGUCCUCAGCUUGCCCUCAAUAACUCCUGGGGGUUUUGUUCACAUGGAUCCUGGCUCCAGGCACCUGUCUGGGUUGCCUGUUGUGUCCUGAUUCGACACUGUCACUGUGCUCUGAUCAGCUCUCGGUGUCUUCAUAUCCAUGAGUCCUUCAUGGCAACCUGACUUGCCCAGACCAAGACCUGUGAUCCAGAGUGCACCUGAGAGCAAGACACAUUGAAAGAUAUUCCCCAGAUGUGAUAAGUAGGGAAGACUGGGAGGUAUGCUGGGGGAGGGAAGGCAGGCAGAAGAAGGGAGAUACACAGAUAUGCUCCUGGGUCCUGCUCAGGAGGGGUUAACUUGCUCUUUUAUCUCCUAGGCCAAAGUUGUUUAACCUGGGAAAAGCCCUCUUGCGGCCACAUUUGCAGAUAUAGUUUGUCUUCUCCGACCUUCCCAUCAUUCAUUGCUCAGCAUCAUUCUAUAAAUAUACAGAGCACCUCCUAGUAUUAUAAACACUGUGACACUGGUUACAGCACUACAUGGAGCAGACAGACCCGACCUCAUGAGCAUGCACUCCACAAAGAUGCUAGGGCUAGCUCUACAAGUUCACCUCACAUAUUUUUAUUAAUGUGACAUAAAAGAACUAAGAAAAAAAUAUAAAUAAAGCAGGCAUGGAAGAUGACAAUGGAGACAGGUUUUCUGAGAUGACACUUGAGUAGACAGAAUAGAGGUGCCGUGUGCAUGCAUGUGCGUGUGCGUGUGUGUAUGGGUCUCCAGGUAGAGGGAAUAGCCAAUGCAAAGGCCCCAGGGGAUAAUUAAUUUGGUUUAGGGAAGUCCUAGGGGUGGCUGGGAGCUGAGUGGCUGUGAUGUCCUAAGGGACUUUGGUUUUCCGAGUAGCAUGGGAGCCAUCCCAUGGGAGGAUGUCUUAGAACAGAGAAGUAACGUCCUGCUGUGCUGCGAACACACAGUGGGAAGGACAAAGAACAGCUCUAAAGGUAUUUCCAUAGCCCAGGAGACAGAUAACAGCAGUUUGGAACAGAGUGAGAUGGUGAGGAGUGAUGGGAGUCCUGCUGAUUUGCAGUUAGUGUGGCCUGAACUUGCUGAUGGAAGUAGUGUGAGAGUGAUUGGGAAGGGUGUGGGUCUCCCCCAGUAUGACCCUGGGGAGGGUCAGAUGUCAGUGUGUACAGGGAGCUGACAUUUGGGAACACAGACUGUUAUUCAGGCCAGCACUGUACCCCUCACUGAUUCUGCCCAGGUGGUGCCCAAUUCCUGUUGCUGUAUUUGGCCCCUGGAUGUCACACAGGGAUUUCAUGUAUAGUGUGGUGGGAGCUGGGGCUCCCUACUACAGGCCCUCCUAAGAGCCUCUUCCCUCCUGCCUCAGUGGAGCCAUGGGCUGGGCUGGCUUCUUGCUAAACAUCAGGAUGCCAGCAUGUAUCCCAUCUGAUGCCACAGUCCACGAGAACAGAAGGUUCUGCUUUCUGCUUCUAACUGGCUACAAUGCAGGCAUCUCACUUCCUUAACAAAGGCUGUCCCCAGCAGACUAGAAAUGCAGCAAGAGCUGUCUCCCUAUCAUCUUUUUGUCACGACUUUAGACUUUCGGCUAGGAAGCCUACCCACGUUUCCCCCAAAUGGCUAGAGUGACGUCAGUGUCUGGUCCGGCUUGGCUGCAUUCUUUUGGGUUUUGUCAUUCCUCUCCACCUGCCUUUCCUGCAGACACUUCUGUGGGUUUAUCCAGGCCCUUCUCCCUCUCCCCAUGGGGCGAGUACAUAGACCUGUCAUGUAAGCUGUUCAAGCACCAGAGAAGUCAAAGAUAGGGCAAGGCCCCAGUAGAAAAGCCUUGUGCUGUGAGGAUGGUACAUGCUUGGUCAUUUAGAGACUAAGCCUCCAUAGAAAGGUGGAGCUUGGCAAGCAGCACCAAAAGGAGAUCCACACCUCAGAGAAGGGAGGGAGUAUGUACACAGCUUGGAUUGCCCAAAGAGUCACAAAACUUCAGGCCCUUGGUAAAUGCAUUGUAGACACCAAAUUUGGAGAGUAGCUCAGAAAAGCCUGGCUUCUGUGGGGGCUAGCAGCUGUGCUGAAGGGGGCAUCUUGGGGUUGGUGGGCUAGUUUAGCACUUCCCACCAAGGCAUGAGGCUUCCAGCCAGAGAUGGAAUACUAGAGCAGACAUCCUGCCCAGCCCUUGCUAAGCACCUGACUGUAGGAAAAGGUGGUAGAGGUGGUGCCCCGUGGGCAGCUGCUUUGUUUCCCAGCCAGCUGGUGAGGGUGUCAGGGCUGUGCUAAGCUGUCUCCAAAUCUGGUAGUGUUGGCUGUAGGAAAGUCACCUAUAAAGAUAGUUCCCUUGCUGUCCUUCAGUAGGCUGGCUGUGUUCACUCAGCAGGGCAUGGCAGUGGACUCUCGAGCUUUCUCCAGAGGAACCUUACUGGUGCCUCAUUUUCUUUCAGGUGGGGGCGGCUGACAUGGAACUUGAGAGGUGCCUAGCCCUUGGCUGGACACUCCUGUGCUGUGAGAGCAGAGCUGGAGGCCCACCUUGCCAGCCCAAGUCCCUACAGCCACUUCCACAACACGGGCUCCCUGUGAGCCAG